GCUCCUCCAAUGAUCCACCCCAUAGAACCUGGCACAUGAGCACUGGGGACUCCUCUGCAGAAGGGACACAACUUGCCCAUAUGUAUCAUCUGCUGCCCAGAGAGAGCCCUGACCUCUGAUAUAUAUAUAUAUUGUUCUAUAUGCUCCUCACAGCCCAGCUCAGGACUGGUGCACGUAUGCUGGACAGGUAUCUGUCCAUUGCUGCCAUUGGGCUUCCUGAAGGAUUUACUGCCUGGAUGUGGAAGGAAGGACUAUGUGCCUUGUUGGCGAGAAGAUGCUUUGGUUUGCACCUCUGAACCAGUAAGAUCCAUCUACAGGAGGCAGAUAAAGAGAACUACCCCGAGAUCCUCCUCACACUGACAGAAGAGCUUUGAAUGUUCAGGUGACUUGGAGGAGCAGGCAGUAGAAAGGGUUAAACCUAGAAGCAGCUUGUGGAAUUACAGCAUGGAAGAAAAUGACCAGAAUCACAGGGAAGUGGAGCAACAGCAGCAGGAGUCAGGGGAUGAGUCCAACAGGGGGGUCCUGCCCCAGGCUCCUGGGAACCACCAGCCCCAUCACAGGGUCACCAACUUCUUCAUUGAUAAUAUCCUGCGGCCGGAGUUUGGGAGGAGGAAGGAAGGAGCUGUCCAGCAGGACGAAGUCUUCUCGGGUAGGGACAGUGUUGUGGCUCGGUCUGGGGCAGAGACUGGUCAGCACAGGAGCUCUGCUGGGGUCACAGAGGGAGAAGGGGCAUCCAAAGCAAUCACUGGAGAUCAUAAGAAAAUUGAUGUGGGUAUAGAAGAACCCCACAAAACUAGAAGCCUGAGUGGAGACCAUUCCUUGAGCUCAGACUCUGAUAGUUCUCAAGCCAGCUCUGUCAAUAAUAACCAGCAGCCUAUGCUAUGGCCAGCCUGGGUAUACUGCACCAGAUAUUCAGAUAGACCUUCAUCAGGUCCAAGAUCCCGUAAACCAAAGAAGAAGACAGUGACUAAGGAAGACAAGAGGCCCAGGACAGCAUUCACUGCAGAGCAGCUCCAGAGGCUCAAAGCUGAAUUUCAAACUAACAGGUAUUUGACCGAGCAGAGAAGACAAAGUUUGGCUCAGGAACUGAAUCUUAACGAAUCUCAGAUUAAAAUCUGGUUUCAGAAUAAGAGAGCUAAAAUUAAGAAAGCCUCAGGGAACAAAAAUUCCCUGGCACUACACUUGAUGGCACAAGGACUCUAUAACCACUCCACCACCUCCAAGGAUGGCAAAUCAGACAGCGAAUAGGAGCGAGGGCAGAGAUGCAAAAGUCUUAUACAAUGCAAUAAUUUAAUAAACUAAAUAAAAGAAAUAUACAAGGACUGGGAAUAGUUCUAAUCGUGACAUGGGCCAGUGUACAAACGAUAUACCAGCAUUGCGCUACAGAGUGGAGAAGACAAAGUCGCAAUAUUCUAUGUAAAUAUAAUUUACAGGCAAAAACUAAAAUCCAAAAUAUCCGCUCAAGAACUAUUUUUCUUAAUUAUUAUUAUUAUUGUUAUCUGGAGCAGAUUCUAUCUUUCCCGGUAAUUUUUUUUUCUUUAUUUUCUUUAUUUUCUUUUUUUCUUUUUGCCUAGGCUUUAUUUUUUACUAAAAGCGAUGUUCUGGCUGUUGUGGUUGGACAGUGAAGACAUGAAACGUUCUGCUAAAGUCCAAAGAUUUAACUGCUGCAUUUUCGCACUACUGUGAAUUUAAAGAAAAACAAAAAAACAAAAAGAAAAAUAGCUAAUAUUUGUCCUAUGUUUUUUAUAUUAUAAGUUUUUGUGUUAAAAUAAAAAAAAGCAGGAACGAUGUUUUAUUGCAUUGUAUUAAACAUGUACUUCUUUUUUCUUUAAAACAAAAAUGAUUAAUAGUUAUGUAAAGAGUCGCAGAUUAUGAUUUAUUUAUACUUGGAGGGUUGAUAUAUAGUUUUGCACUUAGUUUUUUUUUUUUUUUUAAAUCUUUUAUUGCCUUGAAGUCAAGAAAGGGAGGGGGGAGUGUGUCAGCAUUAAAAUCAGGGGUGUGUGAGUUUGGACAUCAAAAUCUGUAGGGGGUGGUGGAAGGGGUGAGGGCUCCUCAAUAUCAUAACCAGUGUGAAGUGGGAUUGUAGGAUCCUGUAGGGAAGAUGGGUCCUGGCAUCAGCUUUGGUGUUGUGGAGUGUUUAUCACAUCUAGGAUGGAGGUUCUGCAUCAGAUUCAGAGGAGGGAUCUCCUGCAAAAGACCAAUAGAAAGGGGGUUCUCAUCCGAUCUAAUAAGGAGGUUAGGUUGUAACAUCUAAAUCAGAAGGAUGUUAUUGGCAUUAGCACCAGGGGGAAAAAGAGAUAGAUAGGCCUUAAGAAAAAGAAUGGGGAUCUCAAGAAGGAGGGAGGA